AUGAAGGAUCUGAACAAAGUUAUUGGGGAACUGAAAAACAUACUUUAUGGAGACAGUGAUUCCAAACCUGCAGUAGAAACUUGUGCACAGUUGGCUAUAGAGUUCUUUAGGGAAGACAAUUUUCAUUUGCUUAUUACAUGUCUUCCCAAGUUGAACUUUGAGACUCGCAAACAAGCUACACAGAUUGUCACGAACCUGCAGGGGCAAAAACUACAGUCAAGGUUGAUAGCUUGUGAAUACAUGGAAAGGAACUUAGCUCUCAUGGACAUUUUGAUAGCUGGGUACAUUUUGGAUUCACAGCAUAUGAAGAAAUUCUUUGAGUAUAUACAACUCCCAAAUUUUGACGUUGCUGCUGGAACAUUCAAGGAACUAUUGACCAGACAUAAGUCAACUGUAGCUGAUUUUCUAUCUAAGAAUGAUGACCGGUUCUUUGCGGAUUACAACUCGAAAUUGCUUGUAUCUACUAAUUAUAUCACUAGAAGGCAAGCUCUCAAGCUCUUGAGUGAUAUCUUGCUUGAACGUUCAAAUUCGGCUGUGAUGAUUCGAUAUGUUAGCUCGAUGGACAACCUAAGGAUCCUAAUGAAUCUCCUAAGAGUGUCUAGCAAGAGCAUUCAGAUUGAAACAUUUCAUGUUUUUAAGUUAUUUGCCGCCAAUCAGAACAAACCCACAGAUAUCAUCAAUAUCCUUGUUGCGAAUCGAACCAAGCUUCUUCGACUUAUUGCUGAUAUUAACAGUGACAAAGAUGAUGAGAAAUUUAAUUAUGAUAAAUCUCAAGUUAUACGAGAAAUUUCAGCCUUGAACCCCAUCAACGACGAUGGCUGA